CACGGCCCGCGGGGCUCGCUGCCGCCCCCGCCGGUGCCCAGAGUGCGGCCCGGGCCCAGCUCCCUCACGGCUCCCCCGCCGGCGGCGGCGCCCACCGCCCGGGCCCCGAUGAGUAACUCCCGCAACAACCGGGUGAUGGUGGAGGGGGUCGGCGCCCGCGUCGUGCGCGGCCCAGACUGGAAGUGGGGCAAGCAGGACGGCGGCGAGGGCCAUGUGGGCACCGUGCGGAGCUUCGAGAGCCCGGAGGAGGUCGUGGUGGUGUGGGACAACGGCACGGCCGCCAACUACCGCUGCUCCGGGGCCUACGACCUGCGCAUCCUGGACAGCGCGCCCACCGGCAUCAAGCAUGAUGGAACUAUGUGUGAUACUUGCCGCCAACAACCGAUCAUUGGCAUUCGAUGGAAAUGUGCAGAGUGCACAAAUUAUGACUUGUGCACCGUUUGUUAUCAUGGAGAUAAACAUCACUUAAGGCAUCGCUUUUACAGGAUUACUACACCAGGAAGUGAACGGGUUCUGUUAGAGUCUCGUAGAAAAUCUAAGAAGAUUACAGCCAGAGGAAUCUUUGCAGGUGCCAGAGUCGUACGAGGAGUGGACUGGCAGUGGGAAGACCAAGAUGGGGGUAAUGGGCGUAGAGGAAAGGUAACGGAAAUCCAAGACUGGAGUGCGUCGAGCCCACACAGUGCAGCGUAUGUUCUCUGGGAUAACGGUGCUAAGAACCUUUACAGAGUUGGCUUUGAGGGCAUGUCUGAUCUGAAGUGUGUCCAGGAUGCCAAAGGAGGUUCUUUCUACAGAGAUCAUUGUCCUGUGCUAGGUGAGCAGAAUGGCAACAGGAAUCCUGGUGGAUUGCAGAUUGGUGACCUGGUAAAUAUAGACCUUGACCUAGAAAUUGUCCAGUCUUUGCAGCACGGUCAUGGAGGAUGGACUGAUGGGAUGUUUGAGACUUUAACUACGACUGGAACUGUCUGUGGCAUUGAUGAAGACCAUGACAUUGUAGUACAAUAUCCAAGUGGCAACAGGUGGACCUUCAAUCCUGCUGUCCUCACUAAGGCAAACAUUGUCCGGAGUGGAGAUGCUGCACAGGGUGCAGAAGGCGGCACCUCACAGUUUCAAGUGGGGGAUCUUGUGCAAGUUUGUUAUGAUCUGGAAAGAAUUAAACUUCUCCAAAGAGGACACGGCGAAUGGGCUGAAGCAAUGCUUCCAACUUUAGGUAAAGUUGGCCGAGUACAACAGAUUUAUUCAGACAGUGAUUUAAAGGUGGAAGUUUGUGGAACAUCUUGGACGUAUAAUCCUGCAGCAGUUUCCAAGGUGGCAUCUGCAGGAUCAGCCAUUAGCAAUGCAUCUGGUGAAAGACUCUCACAGCUUCUGAAGAAAUUAUUUGAAACCCAAGAAUCUGGUGACCUCAAUGAAGAGCUGGUGAAGGCUGCUGCCAAUGGGGAUGUGGCUAAAGUGGAAGAUUUGCUGAAAAGACCAGAUGUGGAUGUAAAUGGGCAGUGUGCUGGCCACACAGCUAUGCAAGCUGCUAGUCAAAAUGGACAUGUUGAUAUUUUGAAGUUGCUCUUGAAGCAAAAUGUAGAUGUGGAAGCAGAGGAUAAAGAUGGAGAUCGAGCCGUUCACCAUGCAGCCUUUGGAGAUGAGGGUGCUGUUAUCGAAGUCCUGCACCGAGGCAGCGCUGACUUGAAUGCUCGUAAUAAGCGUAGGCAGACACCUCUGCAUAUCGCUGUCAAUAAAGGUCAUCUUCAGGUUGUGAAGACUCUGCUGGACUUCGGCUGUCACCCCAGUCUCCAGGAUUCUGAAGGUGAUACCCCUCUCCAUGAUGCCAUAAGUAAGAAGCGGGAUGACAUCCUGGCAGUUCUUUUGGAAGCUGGAGCAGAUGUGACCAUCACUAACAACAAUGGGUUCAAUGCCCUGCAUCAUGCUGCACUGAGAGGAAAUCCCAGUGCAAUGCGUGUUUUACUCUCAAAAUUGCCAAGACCAUGGAUUGUGGAUGAGAAGAAAGAUGAUGGUUAUACUGCAUUGCACCUGGCUGCCCUGAAUAAUCACGUGGAAGUGGCUGAACUGUUGGUACAUCAGGGAAAUGCAACCCUGGAUAUCCAGAAUGUGAACCAGCAAACAGCCCUACACCUUGCUGUUGAACGGCAGCAUACCCAGAUUGUUAGGCUUUUGGUUCGUGCAGGUGCUAAGCUAGACAUUCAGGAUAAGGAUGGAGAUACUCCUUUGCAUGAGGCUUUGAGACAUCAUACUUUGUCUCAGCUACGCCAGCUACAAGACAUGCAAGAUGUGGGGAAGGUAGAUGCUGCUUGGGAACCAUCGAAAAACACAUUAAUAAUGGGACUUGGUACCCAGGGGGCAGAAAAGAAGAGUGCAGCAUCUAUUGCCUGUUUUUUGGCAGCCAAUGGUGCCGACCUCAGCAUUCGAAAUAAGAAGGGUCAGUCUCCGCUGGAUCUCUGUCCUGACCCAAGUCUCUGCAAAGCGCUGGCAAAAUGUCAUAAGGAAAAAGUCAGUGGCCAAGUGGGUUCUCGGAGUCCUUCUAUGAUUAGCAAUGAUUCUGAAACCUUAGAGGAAUGUAUGGUGUGCUCAGACAUGAAGAGAGAUACUCUUUUUGGUCCAUGUGGACACAUUGCAACUUGUUCUUUGUGUUCUCCGCGUGUCAAGAAAUGCCUCAUCUGUAAAGAACAGGUUCAGUCCAGGACAAAGAUUGAAGAAUGUGUGGUGUGCUCUGACAAGAAAGCGGCUGUUCUUUUCCAACCAUGUGGACACAUGUGUGCCUGUGAGAACUGUGCCAGCCUGAUGAAAAAGUGUGUGCAGUGCCGGGCAGUCGUUGAACGAAGGGUGCCUUUCAUCAUGUGCUGUGGUGGGAAGAGUUCGGAAGACCCCUCUGAUGAUAUCUCAAGUGGGAAUAUUCCAGUGUUACAGAAGGAUAAAGACAACACCAAUGUCAACGCAGAUGUGCAGAAGCUGCAGCAGCAGCUGCAGGACAUCAAGGAGCAGACAAUGUGCCCUGUGUGUUUGGAUCGUCUGAAGAACAUGAUUUUCCUCUGUGGCCAUGGAACAUGCCAGCUCUGUGGAGACCGAAUGAGUGAAUGCCCAAUUUGUCGCAAGGCAAUUGAACGAAGGAUUCUUUUGUAUUGAUUAAGAAACACAGAGUGUUUUGUUAGCUAAAGUAUGUGAUCAUGAGGUCUUAGUAGGUUCUAAAGCUAGUUGGAAGUUUAAUCUAAUGGGUUAAUUUGUAACUUCAUAAUUUUUUAUUAGAAUGUAAUUAGACUGUAUAUGUACCACCAUCACAACGAAAAUAUCAUACAGUGUUUGAAAUUGCUGAUUUUGUGUAUGUGUGUGUCUGUGUGUCUCUGUGUGUCUUAAAUAUGGAACAUCAAAUCCAUGGUAAUUCAUAGGAAAUCUACUUUUGGCUCCAAAGGGGGAAAUCCUUUAAGGACCUCCUUUCACAUUGGUUUUCAUUCGUUUUUCUUUUUAAAUUUAUACGUAUGUUAAACCUUAAAAGUGACUUACAAGGUCAGUACUCCUCCAUGAUUUCAUGAUUAUCAUGGUCUCACAUGGUGAAAUGACACAGCUAUCCAGAAGUCCUGUGGGAGGUGAGUGGGCAAGUAGAACUGCGUCACCUAUAGUAAGUGGUAAGAGGUGCCAUGUGGCUGAGGCAGUCCUGAAGGGAAGAUGGUAUUUCAAGAUAAUUAGAAAUUAUCCAAAUGACUAUUUCAGAAUUAAGUCCGUGGAAGUAUGUGCUAAAGAAUAAUGACUUUACCUUGUUUUCUAGACUUAAAAGGAAAAUUGACUAGCUUAAAUAAAUGACCAGUUUCAAAAUCAGCAGCAGACAUGAAAAGGAAAAGCAAAAUUCAAGUGAGAACUGAAGGCUAGCACAGGACAAUGCAAGCACACCCCCUACCUGACCGUUCCUGCUGCACUUCUUGUAUUAACAUGUCACUGUUUGGAUCAGCCAUUUGCAGAAAAAGAUCUGUGACAACUGACCUGGGCUUGAUCUAAUCAGUGCCCACACACCAUCCUGUUUGUGCCUCUGAGGUCUGCUCAGCAGGGUUAUGCUUUAUUAGAGGCAGCAAUCUUUUCUUCUGUAUCUGUUAAUUCUGACAGUGUUAUGGAUUCUAUCUUCAUCAGAAGCCUUACUUCCACUCUCUCAGAUAGUAAUUUUUUGCUAUAAAGAACAUAGUUUUUCUUCAUACCUACAGAUGAAAUUCUUUAAACUGCCAAGGAUAACUAAGAUACAAUAAAUAGCUUAAUAUCAGAUACUUAGAAAAGGUUGCAGGGCGUUAUGGAAAAGCAUGUGAUUACAUGUAGACUUGGGAGGGGGCUAAGCAUUUUAUCUCCUUUAAAUGAGUAAUCUUUUUAUCUAGCAUAAAUAUACGCUUAAGUGUUUCGAGAUUCCUCACUGCUAGAUUAUAAAAACAUGAGCUGUUUACAGUAGUGUCUACUAUAUACUGUGUAUAAGUAUAUUCUCUUUUAGUGUUCUUUGGGGGUAGUUUUCCCCCACAUUUGAAUCUUGCUAGCUUAUUUCUGUCUUUCUGCUGUAGCAACUCAAUGUGGGAGAGCAGAGUGUCCGGCCUGGUCACACCUGGCUGUGGUGGUUUACCUGCCACCGCCUAUGCCAGGCCUCCCUCGUGGUGAGCUCUGCUGGCUGUGUUGCAGACUCAGCAGUUCCAUAUCUGUGUUUAGCUGAGCAACUACUAUAUUUGUUUCUUUUGGUUUUGAGGUAGCAUCUCACUAUGUAGUCCAAGUUGGCCUGGAACUUACUAUGUAUCUCAGGCUGGCCUCAACCUCAUGAUUUUCCUGCCUCUGCCUUCCGGUUGUGGGAUUAUAUGAUGGGGACCCCACCAUGUCCAACAACUAUUAAUCAUUUUGGACAAUACAGUUUUUGUUAGUUUCAAAUUAGGAAUGUUAUGCUGUGACUAUUUAGCUAUGUAGUUAGGAACCAAUGAGGCCAUUUUCUAAGUAUAAUUUGAAGUUUUGUUUUUUUUUUUUUAAAAAGAUCCAUCUGGUGAUACGAUGUUUACAUAAAGAGACAGACUAUCUUCUUGCAGACUUGGAAAUAGCAGAAAUGAGGAUCUUUUCUUCCUUGCCAUAGGCUGCCCAUUGGGCAAUGAAGGAUGGCUGCUGCACACAGUCUGCCAAUCCAAGAACCUUUGGGCCAUAGCUGAAUCUAGCUUAAGUCCUUUUCUCUGUCUCCUGAGCUGCAGUGCUAAAGCUUGUGUCUGUAAGGGGACAGGCCUUCCGGCUAGCUCCUAGCUCGGUCUCCAUGUUAGAGCACAGCACACUAACUUCUGCGAGAGAAGCUGGAAAGUCUCUAGUGCUGGGACCUGUGGAUUUCUCUUUGUCACUUGGCUGUUUAUUUUACGAAUAGAGGAUGCUCUUCUGUUCAUGUCUUCAGGCACCUGAAAUUGUUGUAAAUUUGCUUGGGUUUGCAGGAGACGGCAAGAGCAAGAGCUGCCUCGGGCCAGUGACUUUCCUCCUCACUCUCUGGAACUGCUACCUCUUAAUCUCUUUGCAGUACUUGGCCCAUUGGGUAUCUCUCCUCCUUGCUUCCCAAACCCCUCUUCCCUGUGCCUCGGAACAACUCUUACUUCUCUUAAGAUUAUUUUUACAAUGACACACAUUCUUUUUUUUUUUUUUAAAGCAUUGGGCUUCAGGGGCUUGAUAGGAAAAGGUCAGGUCAGUGUCUUAGCACACUUAGAGUUCACACUGCAGUUGUUUGUGUCAUUUGUGGACAAUAACACAGGGUUCUGAGGCACUGUUAGCAUUCCUGCUGGUGUUUCAAGAGAGCUUUUGGGGAGCAGUAUUUGGAAUCCUUUUGUGUGCCCCUUGCCCCACCACAUUUCCUCCUUUACUCAGCUCUAAAUACGUACAGUUUACCAGACGGUGCUAGCACACUUGCAUUUGUUCACAUAGUUUAAUAUCCUUAUCUAUGCUGUGUACGUACGAAAAUUCAUUGGGAGCAAGGUUUUCAAGAGAAAUAGUUUAUAUUAGUGUAAGAAAAUUAUACUAGGCAAGUGUUUAGUUGCCCAAAUUAUGCUUAAGGUAUUUGUAAUUUAAUAAUGGCAAAUUAACUAGAAGUCUACUGAAACAUAAAAUUAACUGGAAAUAACUUCUUAAAUUUAUAUUUUUGGUGAUUUUAGCCUGAAAGAACAUUUUAUUUUAGAAUGUUGAAAUGCAUGCUGCUUAAGAUUUGUCUAUUUCAAAAUUCAAACCUUGCUGGGUCAUUUUUACACAUAGGAACAUCCUGGGUAGUCAUAUGUUGCCUGGUGGAUGUUCUUUGUUUAUUUUGAAUUCUGGACACUUGUGAACUAGGAAUAGUUGAACUUGUGAAUUAGGACAGUGCUGGAUGGAGCAAAGCUGGUUUGGGACAUGGGCGGUGCAGCAGACAGGAAGCAAACAGGAAGCACAGGGAGAAGGAGCAUCGUGAAGGAUUUGCUGCAGCCUUAGUGGAGAGGGCAUAGUUCAUUAAACAAGAAAAGAGCAUCUAUUAGGUCAGGUUUUCAUACGUCUUGACAGUUGUUUUGUAAAUAACAGAUUUUAAUACAGCUUGCUUUUUUAAGGUCUAAAAGCAUUUAUCCUUUCAGAGUGUCUGAAAUGUUUAUAGUAAUAAUUUGUAUAAAAACUGACUCAACAGGAUACAUUUUUUGGAAUUUUUUUUUUAAAUUGCAUUGAGAACCACAUAGACGGUUUGUUAUCCUGACUGCUUCUAAAUGUGCAGUUGAGCAGUGUAACUCCCACUCACUCUGUUGGGAAACAGCUGUGGAAUUUUAUCCUGCACAGCUGAAAUGCCACACCCAUCAGAUACUCCCCUUUUCCUUUCCUCUGUGCAGUAGGGUUCUGAGUACAUAGAAAGCAAACAUUCAAGUUGCUGCUUCGUCAUUUGUGUUUGCAAGAUCUAAACUUAGGUAGACAUCGGGGCCCUGAAAUUUGAGGGAAGGGCAUCUCUCCCCUGCCAUAAUUGUUAUUUUUACAUGUAUGUUAAUUGAAAAUGUUUAUUAUUUCAUUUUGAGCCAGAGGGGGCAAAAUACAUUUAAAUAUGAGAAAUAAGUUAGCUUUGGUUUUGUACUAAAUUGGGAAGGUAAUAGAUUUUCACAAGUAAUUUGUGCCUUGUUAUAAACGUCACUUGUCAUUGAGUCUACCUGUCAAAUAUCACAAUACAUUUUUCUUUCAAAAUGGCGUCUGAUUUAACUUGCUUGAAUAUCACAUAGGAAUGCUUAACUGACAUUACUUGAGAAUCAUGUAUAUCCUUUUGACUUUAACACACACACAAACACACACAUACACACGAUAGCAGUAUUGAUAAUUACGGUUCUGUCUUUAAACAUUAAAUGUGAGGAAGCUGUUGAAUGUUGUCUCGUGUGUGUGUGUUGCUUUACUGCAGUGAAGGAGAAAUCCUUUGCACUGAGCUUCCGUGGCUGAUUGAGUGGCUACAGUGGGGUCAGAUUACAACAUAAAACCAUGAGUGCAUAGUUCAUAGAGUUAAGUUGCUACUUUGGCAUUUUCUACCUCUUUUUCUGUCAGAGUAUUGCUUUUCUUCCCCUUCUAGCGUCUCAUCUUGUUUGUGAGUGAAAAGAAAAACAACCUGAGGUUAAAGUUAGAUUUUCUGUUUCUGAGAAUUUAAGCAAUAGGUGCAGGAAAAGGGACCUGUCAUGUUAAUUUGGUGCCUGAAUCUAAAAGUAUGAAUUGAUGUGUGCAAACUGUCUAAGAAGGAUAAUAGUGCCGAGUAUUUGAAUCAUCCUGUAUAGUUCUCUUGAUUUUAUUUCAUAAACAUGACUUCUUUCCUCAAAUGCAAAGUGGUCUUCUAAUUUUUUAUGAAAUAAGCAAAGACACCACUUUGUCUAAGUGUACAGUUUCAGGAAGCUCCUGAACGUUCUGACUCAGGGCUCUUUAACAGUUUAAGCAAUUAUUAAUAUAUUUUGGAAACUCCAUCUGCAUAAUUCUUCAGUGCCUUGACAGAAUUAUUGACAUGGCAACACUUAAAACUUGGUCAUAGGCAGCCUUCAGUGCACCAGGUCAUGGUUUGCACGUUCCUGAUCACACUGCUAAGCAUCUGUGAUAGCGGCUCUGCACGUGUGCUGGGUUUGCAUAAUUCUUUAAGGGAGUGUUCUAUAUUUGCACUUGAUACUUGGUUUUUGCUUCUGUUUUUUAAAAACUGAUUAUUCAAGGCCAUGGCACUGUUAGAAGAAAAACGGUGUUUGCUGUCGGUGUGCAAAGUCACCUUAAAUAGCUGUUGGGGAAAGGGCAGGGCACACACUGUGUGUCUAGUACAAAAAGAGGAUCAGUUCGGGAAGCAGAUCGUCUUCCUCUCAAGUGGAAACCAAACCAAGCCAAACCCUUUGUUAGUGGUUCAAUUAAAAAAUUAGUUGACAGGAAAUCAUGAAUUGCAUGUCAUUCUUACUGCUGAUCUGUGGACUAAAUGGACGUUUUUCUGUCUCCUUCAGCGUAUGUCUGCCAUCCUAAGUACAGUAUAUUCAAAAAGGAGAAAGCAGGUUGACUCAGAAGUGUUUUGCUUUGUAUUUUUUCCAGUUCUUCUUAGCUUUCAAUGUUGGAAUAAAUUUAAGUCUUGUUUAUGGAUAAAAUUUCUGUAUGGAAAAUUAUUCUUGCUUAAUUAGCUUUUGUUUAAAAAAAAAGUUUAGUAGCAACUAAGCUUUUAAAAAUAAAUGCAAACAUUUACCAUUAAUAAAACUUAUGGUGUAAUA